AUAUACGCCGGCUUACCUUGGCAAUGAAAGUGAAAUGGACGCACUGCACACAUACGUAUAAAAAUCGGAGCACUCCUAGCCGAAAUUAUUCAGUUGCCAACUUUAGAACCAGCAACAUGUACGCCAAGGUGAUCGUAGCUCUGUGCGCCGUGGGCAUGGUCCGCGCUGGAGGUCUCCUCGCAGCAGCUCCAGUGGCCUACUCCGCUCCCGUCAUCACCAAGACCAUCACCCCGGCGGUGUCCUCCGUGUCCUCCUACUCCACACACACCGCGCACGGAAGCCCGGUCGCCGCCUACGCCGCUGCCCCCGUCGCCACUUACGCCGCUGCCGCUCCCGUCGCGUACGCCGCUGCCCCAGUCAUCGCCAAGACUUAUGCCGCUCCCGCUAUUGCGACUUACGCCGCUGCCCCCGUGUUGACCAAGACCAUCACCCCCGCCGUAUCCUCCGUGUCGUCUUACUCGACCCACACCUCUCAUGGUUCCCCCGUAGCAACCUACGCUGCCGCCCCCGUGGUCGCUAAGGCCUACGCUCCCGUAUCCUACGCCGCUCCCGUAUCCUACGCCGCUCCCGCUGCCUACGCUGCUCCCGCUGUGGCCGCAUACGCCGCCCCCGUUGUCACCAAGACAAUCACCCCUGCUGUGUCCUCCGUGUCCUCUUACUCUUCCCACACCGCUCACGGUUCCCCUGUUGUGGCUUCUUACGCCGCUGCCCCCGCCGUGGCCACUUAUGCCGCUGCCCCCGCCAUCUCCACAUACGCCGCUCCCGCCAUCUCCACCUACGCCCACGGCGCUCCCGUCCUGAAGUCGGCCGUGGCCUACUCCGCCGCCCCCGCGGUAUCUCACCUCUCCUACAGCGGACUCGGUGCUCACUAUGGUUGGUAAACUGAAUCCCUCGAAACUUUUGUAAAUAGAAAAUGUAGAAAAUAAACAAGUUGUUUAUUAUAAAA